GAACAAAAGGGCAAAGUUGCAGUGUGACUAUAGUAUGUGAUCAUCCACAGGCUGUCAUUGUAAGCAAUGAGAUCUCACAAUGUGAUAAGGGCCAGGUCUACACAGAUGCCUUAAACUUUGACAGGAGUAGGAUACUGCUCAUAUUUACCUCAUCAAACUUAAAAUAGAAAAUUCCGGUAGAACUUUGAAAGGAGGAUGGGGACAGUCUCUGAUGAUGUUAGGAGGCUUUUGAAAGACUGUGCGCUGUUCGUGUCAGAGAUCCUUCAAGAUGAGAACCUCAGUAAACAUGCCAGAGAAACACGGGACAUCUUACUCAAUAACUUCAGGGUGUGCCACAACAGGAAUCCUGAGGUGUUUCCCUUCAUAUCUGAGUUCAGGCAGGAGGACAGUUCAGAUGAUAACCGUAGCUCCAGUCUGGGCCGCUCUGCCCCAUCAGAUGACCUGUCAGUGGCCUCCGACUACCAGGACGACGGCUCCCCUGAGUAUUUUGAUGAGAUGGAAGUGGUGGCAGCCCAGGAUCUCAGUAACAUCUUGAAACAAGGCUACCUGGAGAAGAAACGACGUGAUCACAGCUUCUUCAGCUUAGAAUGGCAAAGGCGAUGGUGUGUCCUCAAUAACACCAUAUUCUACUACUUUGGGAGUGAGAAAGACAAGCAGCAGAAGGGCUCGUUCUACAUCAACGGCUACAGUGCCGAGCUGGUGGCCAACCUACGUAAAGACUCCAAGAAGAAUGCCUGCUUUGAAAUGACCGCCCCUGGCAAGCGAACCUAUCAGUUCACUGCUAGCAGUCCGCGAGAGGCCAAGGAAUGGGUGGACCAGAUCAACUUCGUCCUGAAGGAUCUGAGUUCCAGCUUCAUCCCCUUUGAUGACGAUGAGGAAGAGGAGGAGGAAGAAGGAGAGGAGACCUAUGAUGAUAUUGAGGGGGUGACCAGCUCUCGGCCCACUGCUGGCCCGGUCCGUGACAAAGCCUCUCGGGGUGUCCAGGAAAACUGGAGGUCCAGGAGGCAGGACGGGGAGGAUAAAGAAGAGGAGGAGGAAGAGGACGAUAUCUAUGAGAAGCUCCCAGAUAGUGACUUUGCAGAAUCUUUUGAGGAUGUUAGUGAGCAGAGUGCAAAAUCAGACUUUGCCAACUACUACCAGGGCCUGUGGGACUGUGAGGCCGACGAGACGGAUGAGCUGGCCUUCCAGAGAGGGGACCUCAUCUACGUCAUCAGUAAGGAGUAUAACAUUCAUGGCUGGUGGGUUGGAGAGCUGAACGGCACAGUUGGUAUUGUCCCCAAAGACUUCCUCCAGCCUGCCUACAUCCUUUGAGCUCCAAGAGGCGCCGGAGCACUCUCUUAUCGUUAGGAUUAUAGACUAAUAUAAUGGACUCAUGUACUAUAACAAGUCUCCUGACACCUAUUGAGAAAGCCAUUGAGACAGGUGAGGCGUGGUGUGUAUUCACAGCAGUUGCCUGGCCAUUUAGGACACCUGGUGGCUGAAAGUAGAACUACACAAAUCCAAGGUGUGAAAUUUAAUCACCAUGGGAUACUUACAGAUAUGCUGGUUAAUGCUUAACUAUCAUUGACCACAUUAUUUGUUUUAGAAUUAUUUUUUUUAAAUAGUAGGCCAAAGUAUUUGAAACUAUCCUGUACAACAGGAACUGAGGAAUGAUAUGUUACAUAUUCAACUCAGUUGAGUGAUGUGACUGACUAUUCCCCAACCACAACACUGAACAUUUCAUGACUGUUGACAGACUGAGAUUUCCUUAUGUUUGCAUAAUGUAAUGCAAUGUCCUUGUUUGUUUUUUUUUACGUCUUAAUUAAUUCAAACUAACUGUAAGUCGCUCUGGAUAGUAGCGUCUGCAAAAUGACUAAACUGUACAUUUCUGUUUUCUUGUUACCAUUUCUUUUGUUUUUUUUUUGUCUUUUUUGAUUGUGUGUUCCCUUUACUUUUGUCUGUUUGUGAUUUUAAAACACACCUCAUUGCUGUAUCAUUGUAUUUCUCUUUUCAUGUGUGUAUAAACAAGGAGUGUUACGACAAUUACUUUUUAUGCAUAUAUUAGGUGUGGUCACUCCGAGGCUGUUGAUCUGCAAAUCAAACUAUGGAUAAUUCUGAUGUUAUGUUAAAAGAUUUUCCUGUUCAACACAUUUCCAAUAUAUUUGUGCCAGUGGGAAUGGCCAGACAUUAUAAUUGUAAAUCUAAUGCCACCUAUAACAAUAAUAAGAAAUUCACAACCCUGAGUUAACCAGGGGGCUAUUUAACAUUUUAAAAAAAAAAUGUUCGCCAUAUUUGCUUGCUAUUUAAAUGCUGACAUCAAACUUAUGAGCCACAAGGGGUCAGACUUGCUACACCAUUUGGUUUUACAAGGUGCAGAAUUCGCUUAUGUGUAGUUUCAAACUAGAAUACCUGAAUUUAGACACAUAUUUGCAGUUGUUGGUAUUGUUUUGUUAGAUAUCAACAUUUUGCACAUUAUGUACAUCUUUGACUAUGCAUACGAAAGACUGAAAAAAUUUAAUGAGUAAAUGUCAUGAAUGAAAGAGCCAUUCAAAUUGCCAAGCUCCUUGAUUCAACUACUUUCUCUUCUCAACCAAUAAUUGAUUUUCAUGGUAGGCCUUUUCAGCUGGCUCUUUGAGCAAAGUUCUCAUGCAAAGCACUCAUGCAAAGUUCAGGUAGGGGAACAAAUAUUUUAUUUCCAAUUAAAAUAAUAUUCCAAAUAAACCUUUUUAA